AUGAAACUUGUAAUCAUUACAUUUCUUGAAAAGCACCCUAGUAAUAGUGUUCGUGCAACUGCUACACAUUUCAAUAUAGAACCAAAGCAAGUUAAAGAUUGGCAAAGUAAAAAAGAAAAUUUAAUAUGUGUUUCACCUCAUAUUAGAAAGUUAAAUAACAGAAGACCACCAAAGUAUUCUGAAUUAGAAAAUAAAAUUUAUGCAAAAGCAUUAUCAAAAAGAGCUCCCUACACUACAUUAUAUUCUAAUAUUUCUGAAGCCAAAUUUUCAGAUAAAUGGAUCAAUGGUUUUAUGACUUAUCACAAAUUAAGUAAUAGACGUAGAACAACUGUAGUCCAAAAACUAUCAGAAGAUUUACAACCUGCACUACAAGAAUUUUUAAGUUUGGUUGUAUAUCGUAGAAUUCAAUUUGAUUAUCCACUUGCCUUAAUAGGUAAUAUGGAUGAGGUUCUUAUGUCAUUUGAUCUUCCUACCAAUAUAACAAUUGAUGAUUGUAGUACAAAUACAGUUUCAUUAAGGACCUCUGGUUAUGAAAAAUCAAAUUAUACUAUUGUGCUCGCUUGUAUAGCAGAUGAAACUAAACUCCUACCUGUUAUUAUUUUUAAACUUAUGAAUAUUCUAAGGCAAAUAUUUCCUGCAGAGAAUGUAUGGAGUCAUAGAGGAAGGACAGAUCUGCGCUCACUUUUAGUUUUAGAUUUAUUUAAAGGAUAUAUAGAAGAUACUGUUAAGCAUCGAUUUUUUGAAAAAAAUACUAAUUUAGCUGUAAUUUCAGGAGGCUGUACUUCAAAAUUACAACUGUUAGAUGUGGCUAUAAAUAAAUCAUUUAAGGCAAAGCAUUAUUAUAACGAUUGGCUAGAUAAUAGUAUUUUAACUUAUACUAAGACAGGUCGUAUUCAAUACCCUGCAUAUAAUUUGGUUGCUCAAUGGAUAUUUCAGACAUGGAAUGAUAUUGAUUCUAACCUUAUAUGA